AGAAAGAGAGGCGGAUAGAUUAGGAUAUAACCCGAUUGGGCUUGGGUGGGGCUGGGUUACCCGGUUUAGAACCCGAUUAGGAGGUAAAUAGUUUAAUUCAGAGUAAGGGCUUCUGUGUCUUUAGCCACCUUUUCGAUUUUAAAAGAAAAAAAUUAUAUUUGAUAACAGGGAUAAAUUGAAUUGUUAUGAGAGACUGUGAAAGUCAGAUUCAACGAUUCAACUAAAGAUUAUAAAUGACAUAACUCUCUCUCUUUUCUCUCUUUUUCUUUUGCUAAACUCUCUCAACUUUCAUUUCUUUUUGAUCAAACCUCUCAACUUUCUCUUCUUCUCCCUCUCCUCUUCUCCUCUUCGGUUAGAGAAACAUAAGCAUGGAGAUCCGUUUUGUUGAACCUGUCCCUCAAUCCGAAGGUAUGUAUUAUGCUACAAACAACCCUUACCAGGUGAACGGACCAAAAGGCUUCACUGAGUUUAAGGUUUUGGACGGGACAGCCAAAUUGUUCGUGAGAAUUGAUUUUCCGGGAGUCAGCAACGAUAGUGUUAAGAUCCUACUCGAUCCAUCGCAGAAAGCUGUCUUUGUGUCCGGAGAGGCCCCACAAGAAAUGGUUUAUGAUGCUUCUCUCCGUGAGUUCGGAACUGCUACGGGCCUCUUGUGCGAUUGCUGCAGAAUCACAGACGUGGAGUCCGUUUUGGGAGAUGGUGUUCUAAGACUCAUCCUAUCCAAGGAAACGAUCGAUUUUCGUGUAGGGUCUUCUUGUUCCGCCAGAGCAUAUACGUCCGUUAGAGCGUCAUCAUCCCUUUCUCGUUUAAUCCGUGGAUAUGAUCCAGAAGUCGCAGGUGGCCAUCCUUUAGCUCAUCUCCGUGGACAUGGCCCACAAGGUCACCGUGGCACUGGCCCCCUAGAUCCGGCUUUCACGGGUCCCGACAUAGUACCGAACCCAUUAGUGCAGACGGGAUCAACUAGUGCAUACGAGUCAAAGCAGUUGUCAGACGGCGGUAUAUUUCUCCGUAUUGACAUGCCCGGUGUCCCCAACGACAAAUUCGCGGUGACGGUGGAAAACGGUUGUGUCACUGUCACCGGACGAGCACCUGCAGCGAUGGACGACUCGAGUGGGCGUGAGUAUAGAGGCAAUGUCGCUGUCGUCCCUCGAGACUAUGACAGUCGCCGGAUCGAAGCAUUCGCUAAUGAGGGUGUCAUCCGCCUCAUCAUCCAUUCUAUCUAAAAGUUGCUCUUUAUCUUAUGGAGUUAUUAGUCAUGUAUAAUAACCAAACUUUCUAUGUUUUUGCUUUUGAAUUUAGGGGAAUUUCGGAUA